AUGACAGCCUUCAUCACAGCCAGCCUGAGCAUCCUGGCUGCAGACGGAGGCCCCUUCUCCAGCCCUGAGUGGGGCAGCUCUGUGGGGGCUCCCUGCCUGCUCGGGGUCCCGCAGGCCUGUGCAAGGUUGGGUGCAUUGGCUGUGGAGAGGUCCACAGGGCUCGGGGAUGAUGCCCACCAGCACAGGAAGAACCAGCGUGUAUCCAACGUGUCAGUGCAACUGGAAAUGCGGAGCCUGUGGGAGGAGUUCAACCGCCUGGGCACCGAGAUGAUUGUCACCAAGGCAGGGAGGAGGAUGUUCCCCACCUUCCAGGUGAAGCUCUCAGGCCUGGAUCCGCUGGCCGACUAUGUGCUGCUCAUGGACUUCAUGCCACUGGAUGACAAGAGAUACAGGUAUGCCUUCCACAGCUCUUCAUGGUUGGUGGCUGGGCGGGCAGACCCCGCAGCACCUGGCCGUGUUCACUUCCACCCUGACUCGCCCGCCAAGGGAGCACAGUGGAUGCGGCAGAUCGUGUCCUUUGACAAGCUCAAGCUCACCAACAACCUGCUGGAUGACAAUGGGCAUAUCAUCCUGAAUUCCAUGCACCGGUACCAGCCCCGCUUCCAUGUCGUGUUCGUGGACCCACGUCGAGACAGCGAGCGUUUUGCCCAUGAGAACUUCAAGUCCUUCACCUUCACUGAGACCCAGUUUAUGGCAGUGACAGCCUAUCAGAACCACCGGAUCACGCAGCUAAAAAUUGCCAGUAACCCAUUUGCCAAGGGGUUCCGGGACUGCGAGCCAGAGGACUGGUAA